AUGAAAUAUCCUCUUAGGGAAGUUUAUAGUAAAUUAGAUAAGCAACAUAGAGAAUAUUAUGACAAAUACGGUAGAUCUCCAAUCUUUCUGAAAUGGAUUACAUUUUUCACAAAACUCUUGGAGAUUUACUAUUUCUUCAGGUUGUUGCCAAGAAGAAAGAACUCUAGAAUCCUGCUCUAUAAGGAUGUUAUUUACUCCAAUAAACGACCAAGAAACAUCACAGAUAUCUAUACGCCGAGGGAAGCAUCCAACAGACCCUGUGUUAUUUUCGUUCAUGGAGGUUUCUUGUGUUCAGGUGACAAAAUAAAGAAUGUAACUCUAGGAAAUCAGCUGGCAAAGAAUGGAAUAGUUGCUUUCGUUGCCAACUAUACUCUGUACCCGAAAGGUGAUGGUAAUGACAUGAUCGAUGACAUGGCAGAGAUUGUUAGAUGGGUGCAUGACAACGCUGAGAAAUAUGGUGGUUCGCCAGAGAAUAUUCAUAUGCUUGGCUAUAGUGCUGGCGCUGCAAUAUGCUACUGGUAUCUCUCGACACGAAAGCAACUGGGACACCAUACCAAGAUUAACUCAUUCAUUGGUGUCGGCGGUGCCUACUGUCCGAAAACUCACUUUGUCAUGCAAACCCAUUCGGGAUUCGAACACAAUGUAGGAUUCGUUAUUUUUGAGAAAACCUUCGAAUACAACCUUCACCAAUUCAUUAAAAACAAUCCAAACUAUGCCAAGGAGAUGCCAAGAACCUAUAUUCUCUUUGGCAACAAAGAUCAUAUCGUUGGCGAUGGCAAUGGAAAGGAGAUUAUCGAGGUUCUUCGUGCGCACAAAGACAAUCAAGACGAUACCAAAUAUAUAGAAUACAAUGGCGGUCACAUAGAUCUCUUGGCCUAUGCAUCGGAACAACCAGUGGAAGAGACAAUCAAGAUACCUCGUGAUACAUAUAUUACCAAAAGACCAAUAACUAUGAUUUCAUCCGAUAUUAUUAAUUUUAUCAAUUUAAAUUAA